AUGGCGCGAGACUGCCAAUCGACGAUACAUAAGACGAGAAUUGGAUUUGCCGACCAGAUUCCAGCGAUUUGGCGCAACCCGCCAUUCGUUUUCAGAUAUUCCAAACGCGCCCGUAGAGGUCGCUGGCCGCGAUAUGACAGAGCCUUCGAUUCUGUGUUCGCAUGUCUUAGACAGACUCCUCCCUUCGAUAAGGGGAUUUGGGAAGGUGGAAUCCAGUCUAUCGCUGAUAAAUUGGUGACUGAGUGGCCAUAUGCACAGGAGUGGGCUAUCCAUCCAUGGAUUGCUGGUGCAGAUACAGUUGAAACUGGAUCUGAACAUACGGGAUUCAAGAGGCCAGGUAGUAUUUUACCCUAUUACCGUGGCGCUCCUCCCUUCAGCGGGGUUUUUGAGGUCGGGCAUAAAGGAAUGAACGGCUACGAAACUCUUUCAAUCUUCAACUUCUCGUCGAUAGUCGAAGAGAACACCCUCGAAGGAACGCUCAAGGGCAAAUCCAUACAAAUCCUCCGUCAACUCCGCCGUCACCUGCAUAGUACCAACCCCGGAGAGAAGGUUCCCGACCAAGAGGUCUUCCAGAUCGGCAUCCAUGGGACUAAAAUUCAUAUCAUUCAGGUUGGUCCCGAGGAGCUUGCGAUGCUGGAUGAGGAGCUGUAUGAAAUCGAGGCUGAGACUCAUUUUGCAAUGAACGAGAUCGGAUCCCCGGCCCUACCAAACGAAGAAGUUGGGGGUCGGGAGAUUGAAUGGGGGCUGUUCAUCGAGCACGAAGACCUGGAUACGGAGCCAGGGAACGAAGUGGAGAUGAUGAUUUAUGAGGAUGAUGAGAACGAUGAGGACUAUGAGCACAAUGAUGACAGUGGGAAUGAUCAGGACGAUGAGGAAUAUGAGGACUGUGAGGACGAUGAAGACGAUGAGGAAUUUGAUGAAUAUGAGGACAGUGAGGAUAAUGAGGAAAUCACUGCGCCAAGCCCAGGAGAUGGGUUUUAUGAUCCUCUAUCCUGGAGUUGA